UGCAAAAGGAUGAUGCGAAUGAUCGGAUAUAAAGAAGGUUACGGCCUUGGAAAAAAUAAGCAAGGUCGUUUAGAGCCAGCUCUAGCACCUAGACAGCAUGGUCGCAGAGGUCUUGGACAUCAUGUUCCUAGAAUUGAAGAUUCAGGUCUUAAAUGGAAUCCUGCGGAGGAAGUAAUAAAGUGUGUAGAAGAUAUGAAAUGGAUAAGAAAUCCAAAUUCUAAUACACCUGUAUUAGAAGAAAUGCGGCACUGGUUAUAUCAGGGUCCUAAAAAGAUGACCAUAGAUGAAGUUGCAUUCUGUUGUGAACAUAUAUUGAAAAAUAUUAUCAAUGCAAAAUCGGUAUUCGAUAAUUUGGAUGACGCUGACGUGCGUCGAGCAAGGACACGUUGUGAUCCUUACGAAACAAUUCGUGGUGCAUUUUUCUUAAAUCGUGCUGCUGUCAAAAUGGCGAAUAUAGAUAGAGCAUGUAACUUUAUGUUUACAAAGCCAGGAGGUUUGGGGGAAAAUGAGCUGCUAUACUUUGCAGAUGUUUGUGCUGGACCAGGAGGUUUUAGUGAAUAUGUUCUAUGGCGAAAGAAAUGGCGUGCUAAAGGAUUUGGUCUUACUUUAAAGAAUGAAAAUGAUUUCAGAUUAGAAGAUUUUUAUGCGGGUCCUUGUGAAACAUUUCAUCCAUACUAUGGACCAAAAGAAAAUGGUGACGUCUUUGACCCAGAUAAUCAAGAGGCAUUUACAAAUCUUAUAAUGCAGCAUACCCAUGGCAAAGGAGUACAUUUUAUGAUGUCUGAUGGAGAAUUUUCUACCAAAGGACAAGAAAAUAUACAAGAAAUUCUUUCAAAACAACUGUAUCUUUGUCAAUGUUUAAUAGCAUUGAUGAUUGUAAGAGAGGGUGGUGAUUUUGUGACAAAAUUAUUCGACCUUUUUACACCCUUUAGUGCUGGUUUAGUCUAUUUGCUGUAUCUUUGCUUUGAAGAAGUUUGUAUUUUUAAACCAAACUCCUCUAGAUCAGCAAAUUCAGAACGUUACUUAAUAUGUAAGAAGAAACGAGGUGGGACACAAGAUGUUGUGGAAUAUCUGAAGCAUGUUAAUCGUCUGCUUUUAAAAUGUGGUGAAAAUGACGAUGUUUUACGAUUAGUAUCAUAUAAUGAAUUGAAAAGAGAGAAACAAUUUGUUCAAUAUCUACGUGCUUCUAACAAUGAUUUGGGCAGAAAACAAAUAACGGCCCUGUGUAAAAUUGCUGCAUUUUACGCUGAUAAUACUCUUGUUGAGACAAAACAAGCUGAUAUGCGCAAACAAUGUCUAGAGUAUUGGAAACUUCCUGAUGAAACUAGGACAAUCCCAAGACACAUGAAUCCAGAAGAUAAAUUGAAUACUCUUUUGAAAGAUACUUCAUUCCUUACUAUUAAUCCAGCACAAUUGAUGGAAUUUAACAUUGAAAAUGCAUUGCUAUCACCAUAUGACUGGUUUUGUAUGCCAUGUGGUACAAAGCCAGGGCCUGAUGAUGAUAAGAAGAAUGCUACAUUUUAUAUGGGCAUGGGAAGGAGCAACGUACAUAGAUAUAUAAAGAAUUCUUGGGUACAAGUCGAUGACAUUGGCAUAGAAUUACCAUCAAAUACACUUGUAUACGCAGAAGUUGUAUAUGAAAUGACUAAGGAGUUUAUACAUCAGCAAGAAGUACUUGCAUUGCAUAUUAUAGAUGCAUUCUACUUAGGAGGAGUGGACAUUAGCAAAAAAUAUUUGAGGAGCAGGAACGAGGAAACGAAGUUGUUCUGUGAAGCUUUGUGGAAACCAGCAGGAAAUAACUAUAUUCGAAUACGUGCCAAGGAACUACUUCCAGUUGGUUCAUAUAUAUGUGAAAAGUUGCGAGUAACACAACGUAAAAUGAAAAAUAAUUGCGAUGCCUUAGUAUACGAAAUUCCAGAAAAGACAUUAGAUGUUAGCGGUUAUAAUAAGGACAAAUUAUAUUUCAUACCACAGAGUGUAAUAUUUUUAAGAAGCACAGCAAAUCCUUGGAAUCGGUAUGUCAGUAAAACACAUUCCAUAACGUAUGUCUUUAAUUGCAAAACAAACGAGAAACUAUUCGACCUUCAUAGACCAAGUUCAGCAGAAGCAAGUUUCGUUGAAUCUUUUAAAGGUCGCCUUAUUUGGCAUUGGCCUAAUGAUCCAUCACUUACUAUAAACAGAUUUGCAAAAUUUAUUAAAGAU